AUGGCUGAUCUCCACUUGCCACCACCUCUGCCUGUGGGUGUGAUGCUCCCGCAAAAUAAAGCGAAAGCUCCCGGGCUCCGCUCCAGUAAGCAAGACCCCUACGAGAAAGGCGACUCUCCCCAGCUGUCCUCAGCCGGGCACCUGAGGGAUAAUUCCCAGGAGAAGCUCUUGAGCAACCAAGAGCUGACGCUGAGUCAUCGCUACACUCACUCCAAACGGAACCCCGGUGAGAAAGCUGGGAGCUCCUUCUAUCCCCACCGUGCUGGACUCAGCCAGCAAGACCCAAAAAGCCACCUCCAGAGCCAGGCAAAGGAUUUGUUUUACUCCUCAGGCCCUCCGGCCCGGUAUCCCAAAGCAAGCAACCACGAGUUCAUCCCCUUUACGAAGAAGCGAGUCGGAGUGGACCGGGCAUACCCCCUGAAACCCGUGUUCCACCGGAAGUCUCAUAGUACAGGCGAGACCGGCCUGGAUGGGGACCAACACGUCUCGCCGAGGCCCCCCGCGCCCAGGGAGUGUCCAUACAGCGGCUUUGGUUUGAGGAACUGGGCCAGUUCAUCUGUGGUUGGUACUGUGGUUGCCGGGCAGGAGGAGAGGCCCGUGGCAAACCCCACCCGGACUGAGUGGAUGCAGAUCCAAAGACUAGAAGCUGCAGGGGAGAAUUUGGAGGAGGAGAUCCGAAGGAAAGAGACCCUCCUGCGGGAAAAGCUGAGGAAGACAGAAGAAGAGCUCAGGAGGAUCCAGAAGGAAAAAGAACAGUCUGAGGACAACGAAAGAAGAGAGUUCCAGAGACUGACCCUCUCCAGGAGGAGACUGAAAGGUUAUAGCAACACCCCCUACAGACCUGUCUUCUCCCCCGAGUAUGGCUCUCAGGAGGUCUUCAGUGGAGAGGAUGAAACGUGGGGAGGGUCUCAAGAACACUGUAGUCCGUUCCACUUCUCUGGUUAUGGGAUGCAGACGCUCAAAAGGGAAAGGCUGGUGGCAAACAAUCACAAAACCCGAGGCCAAGCCUCAGGGCAGGUGAAGGAGAAGUUUUAUCAGCCUACGGAAGCGCCAGGCGGUGCUUGGCCUGUGUCCACCGGCGGCAAUGCUAACCUGUCGAGGGCACCACACUCCGCAGGGUCCAGCCGUUCCACUGAAGAGCCAGAGCUGGGCAAAUGCAGCCACUGUGGACGCAAGUUCCUCUUGCUCCGGCUGGAGAGACACUCCAACGUCUGCAGCAGGAUGCAGGGUUCCAAGAGGAAAGUGUUUGACUCCUCCAGGGCCCGGGCCAAGGGCACAGAGCUAGAGCAGUACUUGAACUGGAAGGGACCAGCCUCAGUCAAGGCUGAAGCUCCACGGAAGAGCAACUGGAGACAGAAGCAUGAAUCUUUCAUCCGCACCCUCCGCCAGGCUCGCGAGGUCCAGCGGGUAAUUGCCAAAGGUGGAAACCCCUCCGACCUGCCUCCCAUCCUGCCUGCAGAAAAUCCCGACUAUAUCCAGUGUCCGCACUGUAGCCGUCACUUUGCUCCCAAGGUGGCUGAGCGGCACAUUCCCAAGUGUAAGACCAUCAAGAACCGUCCUCUGCCUCCGAGGAAGCAUUCCAGUUGA